GUGACAGUUCCAACCAGGGAGCGGAAGUCGAGGCAAUUGAGCCCGGAAGUAAAGGAACUAGGAGAGCGGGAGAUUUGAAUGGAGUCGGCUGCGAAUGACAGACAUUGCGAUCAACGUUCGGACAGGCAGGAUGUGACAAACCCUGAAGAGGAGACGGGGACAGAGUUUGGGUUAUCCUGGGACUUUGACAAACAUUCCUGUUGCUGAGUUCAGACACACUGUUUAAGCAAUUUCUAGGCUAUCACAGGACAAAUCUGUUUUUCAAAGAUGGAAGCCUCCCAAGAGGACGUCUGCAGCCAUGUAAGAGUUGUGGUCCGAGUUCGUCCCGAGAACGAAAAGGAAAAGCAAGGGAACUUCAGCAGGGUUGUUCAAGUGGUGGAUAAUCACAUCUUGGUGUUUGAUCCGAAAGUAGAAGAAGUUGGCUUUUUCCAUGGAAGGAGCAGAGCCAAUCGGGACAUAACCAAAAGAAAGAACAAGGACCUUAAAUUUGUUUUUGACUGUGUUUUCGAUGACAGUUCUUGUCAGUUGGAAGUUUUUGAACAAACAACAAAGAUUGUUCUGGAUGGAGUACUCAAUGGAUACAACUGCACAGUUUUAGCUUAUGGAGCAACGGGUGCUGGCAAGACUCACACAAUGCUAGGGUCUCCGCAUGAGCCUGGAGUGAUGUAUCUGACAAUGAUGGAAUUGUACAACCGGAUCGACAGUGUAAAAGAGGAGAAAGUGUGCAAUGUUGCCAUUUCUUACCUAGAGGUGUACAACGAACAGAUCCGAGACCUGCUUUCCAAUUCUGGCCAAUUGGCUGUGCGAGAGGAUGCUCAGAAAGGAGUUGUUGUCCAAGGUUUAACAUUGCAUCAGCCCAAAUCAGCCGAGGAGAUCCUUCAGAUGCUUGACGUUGGAAACAAAAAUAGAACCCAGCACCCCACUGAUAUGAAUGCAUCGUCAUCAAGGUCACAUGCUGUCUUUCAGAUUUACCUAAGACAGCAAGACAAAACUGCCAGCAUCAAUCAGAACGUCCGAAUUGCUAAAAUGACUCUCAUUGAUCUGGCCGGUUCGGAGCGGGCCAGUGCGACGAAUGCCAAAGGUGAUCGCUUGCGAGAGGGAACAAACAUCAAUCGCUCACUGUUGGCUCUGGGGAACGUCAUCAACGCUCUAGCAGAUCCAAAGAGCAAGAAACAGCAUAUUCCCUACCGGAACAGUAAACUUACACGUCUGCUGAAAGAUUCACUUGGAGGGAAUUGCCGCACUAUUAUGAUUGCCGCCGUCAGUCCUUCUUCGCUGUCUUACGACGAUACGUACAAUACUCUCAAGUAUGCAAACCGAGCCAAGGAUAUAAAAUCAGCAGUUAAGAGCAACGUGGUUAGCCUGGACAGUCAUAUAAGUCAAUAUGUGAAGAUCUGCGAGCAACAAAAGAAAGAGAUUGCAGCAUUAAAAGAGAAGUUGAAGGCAUAUGAAGAACAGAAAGCAGCUGCUCCUGGAAAACUCAAGCAGGAUCUAUUGAUUCCUCCAAGUCAAAAUCAGGCUGAAAUUAAAAGAUUUCAGGAAACUCUCCGAUGUCUGUUUACGAACCGAGAAGAAAUCCGAGCGGAGUACCUCAACGUGGAAAUGCGUUUCAAAGAGAACGAGCUCAAAACGCAUUACCAAAGGCAGUGCCUUGAACAAGUUCAGAUGCUCUGCUCCCAGGAGAAAGCGGUGAAGGCCUCAUGUAAAAGGGAUCACAGGGUCGAGGUGUUGAAAAAUCAAAAUGUGCUCCUCCAGAAGAAGAAGGAGGAUGAACUGAAGCGGCUGGAGGAGAACACAAGCUGGCUACACCGCCUCGAAAGUGAAAUGAAACUACUGAACAAAGACCGCAAAAUUCCCGAGGAGCUCAGCAAAGAAUUGCAAUGUCACCACUUAACGGUUGAGGUAAAAGAUUUAAAAACACAAAUCCAGCACAUGACUCGACUCGUGACCCUUCAAGAAAGAGAAAACCAAUACAAUGAAAAGCUUAUUAAUGCGUUGUUACCGACCUUACGCCGACAGUAUCUGUUGCUAAGCCAGGUGGGACUGACAGAUGCGACCGUAGAGGGCGACUUUAAGAAAAUCGAGCAGUUAGUUCAGAGAGAGAAGGCUGUGGUGUGGGCGGAUCAGACGGAGUCCGAUGAACCAAACAAAUGUGGUGAUUCGCAGAUAUCGGCUGUUGUCACCUUUCCACAUCUGAAAUCCCAUCAGACAACUCCAUCAAAAGAAGAAAAAAGUGUGCAGCUCAUUCAAUCGGCAGAGAAAGUAGCACCAAAGGAAAACCCACUAGCAAUAGUCCGACAUUUCACUGGAGCACUGAGUUCACAGUCCGAGGAGGUUAAAGAAAACGUUCCGCAGAAACCCUUAAACGUUGUGCCACCUCGUAAAAGAACCAGGCGGAAGUUAAUGGAUUCACCCUUGUCUACGGCAAGUCUUCAGCAGGAUGAUUCAAUCAGUGACGAACUUGCCCCAAUCGUAUACACUCCUGAAACUAGUAAUAAUACGGUCGCCAUUCUUAAACAAGUGGCCAAAAUCCCUUGUGUAGAAGCAAAAAUGGAGAAUUACCCUGUCUUCCGUGGAUGUGGCGGCCGUGGUGGGUUCAGCUUUCCUAUGACAAGUGAAUCUUCAGAAUCGGACAUGAACUCAACUGUCAUUCUGUCAGAUGGGGACAGUGAAAAAACUGUUGUUCGCUCACAUGGGGCCGGUGAAAAAAGUUCAGUGAGCACUGCUGAUGUGAAGCCUAGCACUACCAGUAUGUUACAAAGACUUGGGCUUUCAUCUUUGCUGAAUAAACCUUCUUCAAAACCGUCUUAUAUGGCAAUGACGUCGGCCGCUGAAAGAAAAAGGAAGUUGUUAAGUCUUGCAGGAAACAGUGCAGUGAAAGAAGAUAGUGUGCCACUUCCCACUGCAAAACGCGUGCGGCAGGACAUCGCCCUCGACUGCAAGGCGCUAAGAGUGCAGAGAGUGGCGGGUAAGAUUCGAGUACAGGGACUACAAGAAGCAAAGAUAAUUGCGCUCGGAGACGGCUGCCUAAGAGUGUUUCGGAAGGCGCCUUGGGCGUGAAGACAAAACCCUUUUCAUUUCAAGGAUCCGCCCAGCUUCUGUUCCAAGGUGGGAAGAAAAAAGCAGCCCUUAAAGAUCCCUGAGAGCGGGGCAUAAUUCCCAAAAAUGGGUUUUAUAUUAAAGAAGAAAAAAACGAAUGUGUUGUACAAAUUAGUCCAUGCCAAUUCAGGGAUCUACUCCAGUGUUAACGUGGUGUGGCAUUUCUGUUCUGCUUUAUGAUUAUAUUCAGUUAAACAUAAGGUACAAAUAUGGAAGGAUGCAUAAUAACAUUACCAGGGUCAGUUUGGCAGUAGUAAAGUCUUCUAUAGGAACAUCAAAAACUUUUUUUGACCAGGGUUCCAUGGUGUUUUGAUAUUCAGGAAGUCUCCUGCAGGAGUCUGUUGCAUUAGAAGCCUCAUUAGAAAAAUGAAGGUAUGAACCAUCUUGAACAUAGUAGAGACAUAAUGCAGCCUUCUACAAGCAAUGGCACAUCAAAUAUGUUUAUAGAAUAAAGCACAGUUGUAGGAGCAUGGAUCUAUUGUGUCUUCUACUGAGUGACUGUAUUGAUUGGUCUCGCAAAAGUGCUGAGCCGUCCUACAGAUUGGCAGGACCUUCUGCUGGCUUGGAGAGAAUCAGAUUUAUCUGCAACCGUCAUCAAAACAGCCACGUUGUAGGUAAAGUAAGCAAUAUAUAAAUUAAGCAGCAGUAAGAAGAUCUUGAUGCCAUUUUUUUUGUCAUCUAUACAAGGUACCCACACUCCAUGGGGUACUGCCAUCUGUCUCGCAGUCUUCAUUGUGGAUAGAUUAUGGAACUGCCUACAUAAAAGCAGAUGGUGCCAUAGUGGACCAUGUAAUAUUGUCAUACUCCUAAAUGACCAAUUUGCUCUGUUCCUACAAUUUGGCCCUUGAGACACUUUAUGGCAGGUAGGACUCCUGCUACUUUUAAUGUUGACUAGUAACGGCCAACACAGUGGGGGAGAUGACCAGCCAGUUGAAUUUUGACCUUUGUUUAUAGCUCUCAACGAUUGAGCUUUGGCCUACCCAUAGAGUGGCCAUACACAAUAAGAUCUGCUCGUUUGACAAGGUUGCCAAACAAGGGUCGUAGGACCGCAUCAACUAUCCAAUGUGAUCCUUGAUUGCUGGAACAAUCAAACCUGCCUGAUCGAUAUCAGGACGAUUUUUGGCAGAAUAAGCUGCGGAAUCGGUCUAAAGGACCGAUAUUGGCAGCUUUAAUGCACAUGUAUGGCCACCCUUAGCCCAUAUUUUCAUCCAAAAAAAACCAUAUCCUCGAUCAGCAAUAGUGCACGAGCACUUUUUAAGGCAGUAACCUUCUAUUUUCAUCCAUAGUAAAUCUAAUGUAUCUGCUGGAAUAUCAACUUAAGGAGAAGGUCUACAAAACUAAAACUUUUUGCACCUUAGGAUGGAACGUCCUUUUCUUCUAAACUCAUUGCAUUCCCCCAGAAUCGGUCUAAAGGACCGAUAUCGGCAGCUUUAAUGUUAUGGCCACCCUUCGCCCAUAUUUUCAUCCAAAAACACCAACCAUCUUGCACCAUUCAGGAAAUGCAUUUUUUAUACAACUUACCAUAAGGAGGUCUCUAUGGAAUACAGAGUUUAAUUGGAUAUUGAUUAACCCUGUGGUAUCCCCAUUUAUUCUGCAAUACCUGCUUACAGACCCAAGAUGGUGGAACUGAUCCUUCUGGAUUUUGAAGUCCAUUAAAUAAUUCAACACCAUGUAGAUAUAUUGUCUUGCUUUUUAGACGUUGAAGCAUAUAUUUAAGUCUCAGUGGCACAAUGGUAUGCUUGCCUAUUUUUUAUUUGAAUUUUUAAAUUUGUUGCUGAUUGGCUGACUGCUUCGCCAAUCAUCUGUUUCCCUAGCAGCUGGUUUUCCUAUUGACUUACUCGCAAUUCAGUAUGCUUAAGGGCAUUCUGCACCAGCAACUAAUCCCUUUAAUCCCCAAUAUUUAGACUGAAUACGUAGCCUUUUUUUAAAUUUAUUUUAUCUGACAACAUUUUGAUUUUCCUUUUACUGCAAAUGCAUUUAGUUCUGCUGGAGGCAUUCAUCUCCUGCACUCUCUUAUUGGCAAGCAGGAGUUCCCCACACGUUGUGGUAAUGAGAAAAGAAUUAAUGUUACAGCCGGCAAUCCCAGCAGCAACCUAAAAAAGAAAAUUUACGUCUUUGAGUUUCCCGUAAGCUUUGGUUUCUGCUAAUGGUUUCUGUGAAUGGUCGUUAUGAAUGAUCUUUUAUUUUUACAUUGUAAAUAUUGUGUUUUCUUUUUCUGUGUUAAUAUAUUUUCCGUUUGGACUAGAAAUGUCUUGUAAAUAGAUUGUUUGCUGAUUUGAAAGUUGUUUUAAAAAUACAUUAUUUUUUUAGCUGUGAUUAAAAAUUAUCCUCUCCCGUC